AUGGAGGGGAAUGGCGGGGCCUCGGCUGUCGCCGGUUCAACGAUGAGGAAGUCAAGCCUCGAUGAGCGCGCGCCCGCCUGUCCGCCAUGGAGCACACCUCGCCGACCUACGAUGAACCCGCCUAUCCACGAUAAGCCCGCUCGCGGGGAACACACAAAUACACCGCCACCACCAUACGGCCCGUCCUCUGCACUGGUGCAGACACGUGGGCUGAAGCUGUUCAUGCGCAGUAUCGCUGAUUUGCGCGCAAACACCGGAAUCCAAAAGUUCGAUGACUCUGCAGCUUCGUGA